AUGCACUCUCUCACCUCCGACAACACGCUGAAUCCUCAGCCGGCCACGCACCGCCACACGAACCACUCCUCUGCCCACACCUCGUCCCUGCUGCCGUCGACCGCUUCACCGGUCCUGCAGGCGUCUUGUAUGGGUGCAAAGGAGGACCACGUUGACGCUGACGCGCAGGGUAUUUCAUCUUCAGCCCUCUUCACCCCAAAGGCGAGAAUUUCCGCGGCACCGGCCAGCACCAAGUCUCCAACAUCGCGCGGCGCAGCUUGCCAUCACGGCCCCACCAGCAGUAUAAAUGUGAGCGCAGCACCCUCCGCGUCAUCGUCGUUGACAGCGCCUCAGAAGCAGCAGCCGAAAAAUGGCACACCCGCCGCCGACCCUGAGAACCUCGAUGACGCUACUCACCCUGUGGAGGACAGCAUGGAAGCUGCCAUCCUGAACAAGGACAGGGUCUGCACCCUUGCCUACUUCCCUAGUCGUGGCAGCUUCCGCAUCACGCACGUGUCGAGCACCGGCAAGACACGCGUAGUCCUGAACAUCCCGGUUCGGAUGAUCAUCAACAUAGAGACCGCCGCCGAGUGUGCCGCGCGGCAACUAGCGCGCAGCGCAAACGACGACACAAUCAAACUUGGCUUCGCCGAGAGCGGUCGUAGCAUGGGAGGCCUUCUCUGCACCUUCUCCGGCGCCGGCGAGGACAACGAGAGAGUGGUGUUUGCCGACUCCCACGUCAACACAACCUCCUCCACGCUGAGGUUGCGGGGCCGGUCCCCUCCCACACCGACGGCGUCGCACUUGGGCACGCACACAGCCGCUCGUGCAGUGGCCACUGCGGCGCCGAGCAUCCGCUACCAUGUCCACUACGUGCAGCAGCGUAACAAGGAGAGCCCGUCUAUCCGCACGCUGGAGUUCCAGUCGAGCGGCUCGGUCGAGGGAGUUCAACAUGUUGUGACAACGGUGGUGCAGCGCAUCUACCAGAAGGGGCCGAAGCACAUCAUCGCUUUCAUUAGCGCCAAGUCGGGCAAGGGAAAGGGUGAGGACAUCUUCGAGAAGCAAGUACGCCCCGUGCUGCACUUCAGCCGCCACACAUACAAGAUUCACGUGACACGCCGCGCGCAUGACUGUGAGGACUACGUAGCAAACCUUGAGAACCCGAUGGACAGCAACACCGUCAUUGCCGCCGUUGGCGGAGACGGCAUGGUUCACGAAACUGUGAACGGCGUGCACCGCCGCAAGCUGGCACUCGUGCGCUGGCUGCGCAGCGUGACAGCCGAGGUGAGCACCGGGAGCACGUCUGUCGUCUCACCCAACUUGUCUCUGCAUCUGAACGAGGAGACGUGUGCGGCGGUGCUGAAGUCGGGCAGCGCUAACAAAGCGGGCCUCCACGGCGAGGCCAGCGUCGGCUUUCCUUCACUCUUCAUUCAGCUGGGUUGUGAGGAGAACAAGCGUAACGGUCACGGUGGAAACGGUGCGAUGCCGUCGGUGGAGGCGAAGGCCCGAGAGGCCUAUCGGCUUGCCCGCUGUCUGGUGCAGGAUGGCUGGGAUGCGCUGAUGCCGCUCGUUGCGACGGUGGCGACCGGAAGCGGCUGCGGCCUUGCCAAGAGCCUUGAUGUUCUCUCCGUCUCCGAGGCAGCGCUGUCACUGGUGCACCUGAGCACGGUGCACAUGGACCUGAUGCUGCUGAACUUCACCCCGAACGAGGAUAUGUUGGAGUUCCACCGCCGCCGUAUGAACGCGAGGCGACUCGACGCCGCAAAGCGCAAGUUCUCGCAGUACACGAAAGACAAGGCGGCCGAGUUGCAGGAGCGAUCGCGGCUGAGGGAGACGCUCCAGCUGCCUCCCGGAACGCUGACGGCAGCCGACUGUAUGACACCUUUCCUUAAGGACGGCUCGAACGUCUACCGCGACGCCAUCAGCUGUGCGACGCGGAUACCGGAGCUGCACAGCCGUGUCGCCUUCAUGUCGCUGUCGUUUGGUGCCGUGAACGACAUCGACCACGGCUCGGAGUCGUUGCGUUGGAUGGGCAAUGCCCGCUUCAACGUAUAUUGUGGGUUCAUGCUACUGCGUGGUCUCAAGCGGUACAAUGGCAUACUGCGUUACCUGCCCUGGGAGAGCAAGACUGGCAAGACGGUGGAGAAGCUGCACACACGCUGCAAGCUGCCAACAACAGAUCACUUUCCCCUCUGCACGAUGCGGGAGACCUGCCCGCACUGCCGUCAGUAUGUGUUUGCCCACUGUGGCGCGUCGUCGCUCUCCUCGAUGCAAGGCAAUGACACGCAUUCGGGCCCGACUCCAAACACCAGCCGAAGCGCUGCCCAGCCCGUUAGUGCCGCCGCCGCUCUCGCCCCUUACACGGACCAGCAGUUGCUCGACGAGGACAUUGUGGACUUCAAUGACGAGCGGGUGCCGUGGGUAACCAUUCGCGGGGAGUUCUGCGUCGCGCUCAUGUGCAACGUGCGGGAUGUGGCGCAGGACGUGCUCAUGGCGCCGUUAGCACACAUGUCGGAUGGCUCCAUCGAUAUAGUCUACUGCCGCGUCGACCCCGCCACGGACCGCCGAGGGCGCAUGGAGAUGUUGAAGUUUCUUAUGGGUCUGGAGUCAGGUUCACACGUCAACCUCGACUUUGUGAACUACGUAAGGGCGCGCGCCUUGGAGAUCAAGGUGGACGCCGGCAUCGCAAUGUCGGACGGCGAGUUGAUGCCGCUCAGCUCCGUGCGCGUGACGAAGAUGCGCGGCAGCGUGCAGCUCGUGCGCAGUGGGUAG